AUGACCAAGGAACGCAUCACGCCGGCAGGGUCGUCGGGUACACCGCACCGCCUCAGUGGCGCCCAGCGACUCGAAGUGCUACUCGGGUUUGGCUACCUCUACCUCUCGCUCGCCACUGGCGUCUUUUACCUCUACAUGCUCGCGCCCAGCAUGCAAAACGAUCUCUGGUGGGCCCACUACAACACCACCGGCCACCAGUCGUUCCUUGCCGACAUUGCCAACAUCGCACUCACCACGACCGCCCAAGGCGCUCUCGACGUCUUUGGCCCGGCCGCCAUAACCCGCAAGCAGUACGACGCGUCCGUCGCCUACACGAGCGUGUACCCGACGUACGUCAACCAGGUCAUCCUCACCGAGUGCGUCUCGGUGCCGUACGCAGUCGGCAACCUCCGGAACCUCUCGGCGGCGUGGAGCACGCGCAUGAUGACGCAGUACUGCUGGGUCGACUUUGAGAAGCGGUGGGAGGUCGCGCACACGCCCGAGCGCCAGCGUCGGUGCGAGACGCAGUAUGCGUCCAACGGCGCCGUGUACCUCGAGAGUGUCUUGCGCAACCUGGUGUGGGACGACUUUAUGGCCAUGUGGGGCGGCGCCGGCAACAAGUUUACCAUCACCAUCCAAAACGGUUUGGUGGCGUUGCCCGGCGGCCAAGCGUGGCUCGACGCGACCGCCAGCGCGCGAGCGACCACGUCGAUCGAUGACGAGAUUGCGCGCUGGUCGACCUUCCAUCUCUCGUACUUUCAGCUGCAGUGGGGCAACAAGCGCGGCCCAGGCGUCACCGAGACCAUGCUGCUCCAGAACGCGCUCGGCAUGCAGCAGCAGUUUCAGCUCAAGAACACGCCGCUUCUCAACGGACCAUGGACGUCCAUGAUCAUGUACUGGCGCUUCCUCAACGACAUUUUUGUAUUUCAGAAACCCCCUCGGAGUUUGGUGCGGCAAGCCCCCGCCUUUUUCGGAGCCAACUCGAGUCUCUAUGGCGCCGCGAUCGACCUCGAGGUAUACCAGGGUCUGUGUCCGACACCUGGACGCUGCGUCAACCAAAUUAGUGUCUUUCGCUCGACUGUUGGUCCGUUCAUUAGCGUCGACAUCUUUUACGUGGCGCCACCUCCGACCAUUGCGAUCGCCAUAGCAGCGUUCCAGUGCGACCUCGCGCUCGCUUCGUCCACAGUACAGACGGCGUACGCCAAUCUCUCCAUCACGUCGACGCGCCCGGUACCGCCGGCGUGGACACCUGGCUACGCGUUCUACGGCGGCAACCCCAUGUGCACCAACAACGCCGUCCGGUCGUUUGUGCAGCAGUCGUUCGACUACAGCGACGCCUGCGGGACGCCCAAGCCGCUGCUAAUCACGCACACCCCGGAUGCACUGCUUUUCUGUCUUGUCGCGUCACAAGAUCGCACGUCGACAGCGACGUGCGCCUCGCAGAACGUGACGCAAGCCGCUUGUGUCGCGUCGAUCGAAGCGGCGCGCGCCGUCGUGACGCAGCUGCCAUCCCUUUCAGCAACCACCACGACCGCGAUGGCUGCAAUUGCACCCAGCGUGUCGCCGCUUGGUGUGAGUCUCAUGCAGUACGCCAAGGAAGUGACCAGCGGCAACUGGGUGUUGUUGCAGCAUGAACUGCUCUCGGACCCGACCUGGAGCGUAUUUGGCUACCUCUUCCUUCUCGACUGGGCGAAUGGCAAGCGCGAAGUGUUAUCAUUUCAAGGCGACGUCGCCUCGCUCGUCCUCAUCUCCAACGAGUACGCGCCGACGACGUUGGCGACGCCGUCGAACGAGCUCAAGCAAGCGACCAAGGUCUUCUACUACCUCUGCGUCUACACGAGCGUGCUCCUACUGCUCGUCGCGUCGCUCUGCACGUUUUACGGUGCGCUCAGCGGCUUUCACCUCGUGGGUCGCAACCUCUUUCGCUUCAACCGCGUCGUCGGCUCGGUUUGGAUCGGCCGCCCGCUGCUCCUUGUGCGCGGUGGCACUGCCAUGCUGCUGCUCAGCACCGCCCAAGUGUCGUUGAUGGCAACGAGCCAAGGCACGCGGUUUGCGUCGACGCCCCGGACGCUGGUCGAGACGAUCGUCGUCGCAGGCGAGGCGACGUGGAUCACAUAUGUCCUCAACGACAUUCUGCUCUUGGUGGUUCCCCGGCUCUCGGCCUACUAUGCGCCAAUCAGUAGCUGCGCGCUCUGGCUUUUGUACAUUGUACUGGACGCAACGUCACCAGUCGAGCUCUCGGCGACACUGCACCGAGUGUGCAGCAGCACCGACGUCGACUACUUUCUCUCGUGUACGAGCGGCGUCGUCGAGGUGGGCAGCACCGACCGCAUCACGCUCUUGUUAUGGCUGCAACUGCUUGUGGUCGGGCUUGCACUCGGGAUGACAGCACUCGCCUUGCACGUACGCCGCAUCAGUCACGAGGACAGGUCGGAUACGACGCCGUUCCUCAUCUCGUCGGCAACCAACGCUUUUUUUACGACGAUGGGCGACACAAACGUCUGGGCGAUCGACCGCGUCUCGUGCAUCAUGGCGGGUCUCGUGCCCUUCACGCUCCACCGAAAACACUUUACGUUCGACCUCAAGUCGUGGCUCGUCGUCAAGGACACCGUGUCCGUGUACCAGUCGGGCAAGACGACGACUGUCAACGAGACGACGCCACUGAAGAGCACGACACCGUCCGGAUCGUUGUUGCUGCUCUCGGCCAACUCGCCCCUCGAGCGUCACAGCUGGGAUCGACCCUUGGCGCUCGCGGGUCUCGUCUACAUGACGGCUACGAUCGUCGGGUCGCUCUCGUACCUCAGUGUCUCCCAAGUCAACUUGGCCAACGACCUGUGGUGGGCCAAUUUCAACAGCACGGGCGCCCACGCUUUCCUCGCAAAUUGGUACAACGAACAGCUCUAUCUCAACGCGAGCUACGCAUCGUUGGCGCUCGACACGCGUAACAUCUCGGCCACGCUACUGUAUGGCGCGCCAGAUGUGUUUGUGACAACCGCCGCCAACUUUGGCUCGCAUCUCCAGCACACGCAGCUCAACACGCUACCUGCUAUCAUUGCUGGUCUGCGAUCGAUGGACGCCUGCACCCACGCACCGUGGAUCUUUACGCAGUACUGCUUCCUCGACUUUCAGCAGAUGUGGCCCAUGGCCAACUCGGCGCGGCGCCAGCAACGCUGUGCCCGCAUGACGACCAACGGCGCCGUCUACCUUGAGAGCCUGCUUCGCAAUGUCCACUGGGACGACUGGCAGCCGUGCUGGGGCUUCGCCUUCCAGAUUGCUUUUGCCAACGACCUUCAGACGUCUUUGGACGGUCAGCGCUGGCUACACCAGAUGCAAGCAGAGAAUCCCUUGUCGAUUGUGGAUGAAGCGACCUACUGGCGCACGUUUGGCGUCGUAACGUACGAUGUGCAGUGGCAAAAUUUCAAGCAAGUGGGUCUCCUCAGCUCCUACAAUGUCUUGUCGGCGUACAGCACGACAGCGGCGCUGACGCUGCAAGCGCUCAACGGCUCGUACCAGUUCAGCGCGCAGACGACGUUCAAGGCGUACUGGGCCCUCGCCAACGACCUGGCAGCUGUGAGCACCAACAGCAGUGGCAUCGGCGGUCUCUCGCUAUUGCGCGCCAGUGCCCGCUUUGCGUUUGCCAACACGUCGCUCGCGGCGGUGCUCGUGACCAACAUGACCAUUUCGACUCCGUUUGGCGCUGGAUUUAGCUUUGUCCGAAGCGUCCUUGGACCCUUUGGCUCGAUGGACAUGCGCUAUGUUCGUGCACCGGCGUCGGCCCAGCGGCUUCUUUUGCACGUCUUUAGCGCUCUUCGAAGCAGCGCGCUGAGCUCCAACCAGAGUCAGUCGGCAUACAUGAGUAUCUAUGUGCCUGGCUCAAUGUACCCCGUCCCGCAGCCGUGGCUGAGUGCCAAGCUGCUGUCGUACGGCGGGUCGCCGCUCUGUCCCGAGCUAGGAAGCUCAAGCGGACUUGCGCUGACGACGGGCCUAGUCAACCUGCUUUCCUACAGUGCGCGGUGCUCGAGUUCAACAGGAGCACAAGCAAAGCUGACGCCAUCACGAGAGCAGGUGGUGUUUGCACUACUCCUCUCGGGUAUCACUCCUGCCAGUCCCAUCACUGCUAUCUGCGCUGCCGAUACCAGCGGGUACAAGGCGUGUCCCGACUACCUUCGUGGCGCCAGGUCGUACCUCGACACCUACCUGCCUUCCAUCGACUGGGCACCCGAGGUGGCUGCCGCGAUCGCUGCGACAACGGCGCUUGAUAUCUCGCUCUUGCAGCUGACGCGCACCAACAAGACGUCGCCACUCACGUGGUCGCAGCUCCCACUCUUCAACCCGAGUGACGCCAACUUUGCAUUCUUUGCGUGGUGCUACGUGGCCGAGUGGCUCCAAGGCUUUCGCGAAGUCGUGGCGUUCGACGGUGACGUCGGCAGCAUCACGCUUCUGACGGACCAAUUGCUGCCGCUCCAGCAAGGCGUCGCGCCGUGGGAGAUCCCAACCACGAUGGCCACGUACGCUCGGACUGGCGCCAUGUACGUGACGCUCGUCGUUCUCUCGGUUGCGAUCUUGGCCUGCGUCUACAUUCUUGCGUCGAGAGGGCAUGUCGAGGGCAUGAACAUGCUUGAGCUCAGUCGUGUCGGCGGCAUCGUCUGGGUCGGUCGCCCGCUGCUCUUUCUGCGGUCGCUCACGGCCAUGGCCGUGCUCUGCACCGGGUCCCUGGACCUCCAAGUGGCGGGCAGUAUGAGCUACCUUCACUCGACCGAUGUACCCUGGUACAAGACGUGUCUGGCGGCCAGCGAAGUGUCGUGGCUCGUCGCCAUCGUCAACGACGUCUUGAUGAUUUGGACCAAAGAACACACAGCGCUGUACGUGACACCCAACGGGCUUCUCGUGACCGGCACGACCGCACUCCUAAGUAUGGUGUCGCCCGUGACGCACACCGCGUCGCUCGGCCGUGCGUGUGACAUCGCGCAAGUCGACUUUCAAAUCGUGUGCACGGGCGGCGACGUCGUCAUUGGCGUCAGAAGCCGCGUCGCCCUACUCGUGUUGUUGGUCGGCGUCUUGAACGUCGCAACGUUUGGCUUUAUGCGCUGGCUCGUGCGCAAGCCGCCAAAGAACCACGCCGAGUCGCUCCUGCUCUACGCCGGCGCCAAGUACCUUUUUCUGAGCGCCAAGUGGAUUUACAAGGAUGUCUACUGCCUCGACCGCGCGUCCGCCGCCCUCAAUGGACUCGUCUCGGUGCGCUACAACGGGAGCUAUUACGGCCUCGACAUCAAGACGUGGCGAACGUUUACGCUCACGCAACCGAGCGUGCCAGCGAUACCGUCGGCACACGCUUUGUUUACGCCGGCGAUGUAUGCACUGCCGUUGGACAACUUGUCUGCGAUUGAUCAAGCGAUCAAAAAGAGCCAACUCGUGCACGUCAAGUCCAAAGCGACCUCGGGCACCAGCCGAGACGCCACGUAGGUGGCCUGCCUCAAGCCUCCUGAAGGGUGCUUGGAUAGAGUGGGUACCUGUCGUGUACGAUGCUACUCUAGUGUAAAUGGAGCUGCCACGAUAAAUAUGCUUGUGUGAGCGUUU